AUGGGACGGAGCUCCAUGGAUAAAGUUUUAGCCUUGCUUUGGCAACUCCUGCACUUGUUUCAGUUCCGAUAUGGCCAUGCAGGUGAACUUCAACACCAGGAUGAUCUCCAUAGCAACAGCAUCAUGAUUCAUGACCUGACCCCAGGAAGUGAUUGCAGCUUUGAGAUCCAGUGCUUUCUGGGGUCCGAUUUCAGCCAGACCAGAAAAGGUGAGAAUCCGCACCUGCAGGAAGUCACUCUUAGUGUUCUGCAGGACAGCUGCUCCUACAACACCACUGUACCACGCUACAGAAACACACUCAGUGGCACCGCCGCCAUAAUCACCAUACAUACAGUCCCUGCCAGUCCUGAGGGCCUGCAUGUUAUAAGCGUGUCACCUCGUGCUUUUUCACUAUGCUGGUUGAUUUCACCUCGAUGUGACAAGAACUACCAGCUCCAACUGUUCCCUGACCAGGGCAAUAUCAGCAUCAUUAGCACACCGGACAACUACAUCCAGGCUCAAGUGUCCAGUGUAACCCCCGGUACAUCAUUCACCGUCACGGUCAAUGCGGCCGCCUCUUCGGGGUUCAGUUCACCUGUCAGCCGAAUACUCGUCACCACUUAUGAGUCUCUGCCAGCACCCCCCUCUAAACCUGAGGGUGAGAGAGUGGGUUCGACUGGUAUCCUGUUGUCCUGGCGGAUGCCCAUGCCCCUUGACCCUAGCAUUCACUCAUUCAUCAUCAGAUACAAAGAAAUGUGUCCAUUCUCUGACCCUACUUUCACUGAGAUCACUAAGAGCCUGGACAUCCCAGAAACCCUGCUGAACACCCUCACACCUGGAGCUACGUAUAACAUUAAGGUUGCAGCAGUAAACAAAGCAGGAGUUGGACCAUUUAGCCAGUCUCUGUACUACAAAACCGCAGAGGCCCCCCCUGGUCUGGUGUCAAACCUCACAGCGUUUGCUGAGGAUCACGCAUCCGUGUUGGUCAAAUGGUUUCUUCCUGUACGCAUUAAUGGUCUAAUUACUAAGUUUGCCGUGAAAGUCAAACAUGCUCGAACCAGCCAGAUCAUCCGCACGCUGGACCUCAACGCAGAGGACAUCAUGAAAGGAGCCCUGCCUCACUGCAAUGAUGCAGCAGACAUCUUAUCUCGUGGAACUCCGAGCCCGCUGCAGUCUUCCCAGCUGACUUCUGCUGUUUUGCCAGCAUCUACGCUCUCAGCUGUACCCCCUGCCUCCAUCUGGAGUGUUUCAAUUAGUGUGAGCAUUAAUGAGCUCCGCCCCUACACACCUUAUGUGUUCGAAGUCUCCGCCUUCACCAGUGGCGGGGAGGGACAGAUUGCCAGUACUUUGAUCCGCAUGCCAGAAGCUGCCCCUGAAGACCCUCCCCAAAAUGUAGCUGUGAGGAACAUCACAUCCAGAUCUCUGUCUCUAUCCUGGGACACUCCAAAUAUCAUUACAGGACGUUUCAGUUACAUAGUCCAGCUCCAUGGACCGGCAGGUUUUAUAAGUGAGAACAGCACACUCGAUCAGAUGUUUAUUUACACCAGGCUGACUCCAUACACACAAUACCACAUCCAUGUCAUGGCCAAAUCAGCGGGGGCCACAGGACCAGCAGCCGUCAUCAACAUUACAACACAGGCAGAGGCUCCCAGUGCUGUGUCUGAUCUGACAGCGGAGGCCGUUGACUCCACAUCAGUCCGUCUGUCCUGGAGAAUUCCGAGUCAACCAAACGGACUGAUAACACACUAUCGGAUUCUAGUGCGUUACUACAGUACACUUGUACAGGACAUUACCCUACGAGGACAGAAUGGUGGGGACACUGUUGGCCGACUGCUUCGUCGCAACACGAGGUCACUUGACUUCAUCAUGGCAACUGCGUUCACUCUCACUUCACAUGGAACAUUCACCGGGUUGGGCCUCAGUAUAACCAACGCUGACCAAACUAACACAGAACUGACCUCUGACAUUCCUCUGACCCUGAGCACUCCCCAAACUCCUCCACCCUGGCUCACGAUGACCCACGACAGAACAGAUGCAACGGUGGAAGCUGAGACAGAGGGCGUAACCAUUGACCAUUUGACGGAACUAACACCUAUCACCCUAGACACUGACGGACCACCCUUAGUAAACUUAAGCCCCUCCCCGCCUCGCCGCUUCACAAGGGCAGUGGCCACAGACUCCGCCCAACAGCAGACAAACCUCCCAACACAAACGGCAACCACUAUUGGAAUAGAGGUCCUACCACCCACAGAGGAGACGGUAGACCUCUUGUCUGAUCGGAUCUCAUAUGUGGUUAAAAGACUGAGUCCUUUCACUGAGUAUAAAUUUGGAGUGACGGCAUACAACAUCAUUGGAGAGGGACCGACCUCACAAGUGAUCGUGAAAACGACUGAACAGGUUCCCAGCUCUGUUCAGGAUGUGUCCAAUCAGAACAUUAGCUCCACCUCUAUCGGGGUUAACUGGGAACCGCCCCUCAACCCAAAUGGCAAGAUAACACACUACACUGUGUAUGCACAAAAUCUCUUAACCAACCAAGUAUUACAACAAGUGACGGACACUACCAGCACAGUGCUCACAGAUCUGGACAAGUACAGCAGUUAUAAGUUACGUGUAGCAGCAUCUACAGCUGUUGGGGAAAGCCCUCUGACUGAUGAAGACUACAUCUACAUUGUGACACAAGAGGAUGUACCGGAUUCUCCACCGCGGGAUCUGGCCAUCGUGAAAACCACCUCCUCCACUGUGACUCUCACCUGGUCUCCUCCGGAGAAACCCAAUGGCAUCAUUCAGAUGUAUGAGGUCACCUACACCAACCACACAUUCAGCAACACGAUGAACAGCACAUCACCCAGCGGCACACUGCACUAUCUGAAACCAUACACAUACUACAAUGUGACGGUCCGGGCAUACACACAACACGGCCACGGAAACCAGAUUUCUGAUCCUCUACAGAUGCUGUCAGGGGAGGACGUGCCUGGCAGCCCACCUUACGAUCUGACCUAUGAAAGCAUCGAAUCCAGCGAGGUGAAUGUGUCAUGGUCUCCACCACUUCUCGCAAACGGUAUCGUCCUGUUCUACAACGUGGCGUACUGGAACACCACUCACUCUCUGAACCAAACCACACAUGCACCUUUCGUUGUCCUGUCCAACCUGCGAAAGUACGCGAGCUACCGCAUCAGUGUGCAGGCUGGCACCAGGGUCGGCACGGGCAACCACACGAGUGACGUCUUAAACAUCACAACACUAGAAGAUGCACCCAGUUCCCCUCCAAAAUUCCUAGCCGCCAGGAUAUAUGUAACUGUUGGCCAUUCUUCAACUAUAUUAAUCUUAUCUCUCUUACACCCGCCCCCAACUACAGUACCAAGUGGUCCGGUCCACAACCUCACGGCUACGAUCUACAGCUCUACGGCAGUCGUGAUCAGCUGGGAUCCUCCUCUGGAGCCCAACGGCAGAGUUUUCUACCAGCUGAGCUUGCAAGAGGCGGGCAUGACCCAUCCGUCCAUCAACCGCACAGUCAACAUCAGCAUUUAUAAGACAACCACAGACAACAUAUACCUCUUCUCCAAGCUCAGGAAGUAUUUUCCCUACAUCAUCAAAGUGACCCCGGCAACUGGUGCAGGAUCAGCUGUAAACCACACAGCGAUGCUUUACCUGCAAACUGAUGAAGAUGUUCCGAGUUCGCCUCCUUUGCCAGAAGCCAGUAGAAAUCUCUCCAGUUCCUCCAUCUACGUGUCUUGGUUCCCCCCAAUUGAGACCAAUGGCGAGAUUGUAGAAUAUGCCGUCAUUUUACAGGGUCCUGGGGCAGUUAACAGAACCACUACCCAUGAAACACAUCUUACUCUCACAGACCUCUCUCCGUUUACACCUUACAAUCUCUCCAUCGCUGCGGCCACUCAUGUAGGUGUCGGCCCAUCCGUGAUUAUUUCAUUGCAUACUGAUGAAGCAGGCCCAAUGUCCCCACCACGCAACCUGAGUAUAUUUAACCACACUUCAGAUUCAAUGUGGCUUCAGUGGGAACCCAGUCUGGAGCCGAACGGAGUCGUCCAACACUACGCAUUCAGAAUACUUGAACUGAACACACACACUCUUACUUAUCAGAACUUGUCAGAUGCGUCCACACAUGCAGAGCUGAGUGGCUUCGGACCUCACAAUUCAUAUGAGAUCAGUGUGUGCACGUUCACCAGAGCAGGAAACGGUGACCAGUACAGCUUACCUGUUAUAUUUACCACCAACGAAUCAGUAUCGGACGCUGUUGGAAAUCUAUCCUGUUCUGGAUUGGAUUGGGACUCUGUGAGUAUGGAAUGGGAGCCUCCAAUUCAUCCCAACGGAGAGAUUCUGCAUUACCUCGUUCGUUCUGGAGAUCGGGAAGAAGAGGCUGAUCCUCUCACACUUACACACUCAAAAGUACACACCUUCAGCGGCCUGUCACCUGACGUGUUCUACAUCAUCAGUGUGGCUGCUGUAAAUGCAGCCGGAACAGGGGAGGAGGCGAACUGUACAGCACAAACUCCACCAGAGUCAGUUCCUGGUCCCCCUCAAUCACUGACUGUAAUGGACGUUACUUCUGACAGUGUGUCUUUAAGCUGGCUGCGUCCUGCACGUGUCCCUGGUCUGUUACAGGGUUCUAAUGUAGAGAUUCGAAGAUUGGCAAGACACUGUGUGAAGAAAGGAGACCUGGAGUCCUGUGUGGAGAGUGAGAUUGUGGAGUGGGUUGAAGGAGAAACCAACGGAGUCACACUUUCCCCUCUUUUUAAAUACAGACAGUACCAGCUCCGAGUGGUGGCGUUCACCAGGGCUGGCGCUGGAGAUCCUUCAGAGUGGAUCCAAACAGAGACACUUGCAGGAAACCCUGAUGCUCCACCUGGUGCCAUCUCAGUGGUUCCCUCUGCCACUGGGUUAAAGAUUGAGUGGGAUGAGCCAACGGUCAUUUCAGGGCCCACCUCAUACCUCAUUGACAUCACUGAUUUGGACGGUUCUGGAUAUAACCUGAGUUUGGUGAGAUAUUCAGAGGAGAUAAGGUCGAUGGUUAUUAGGAACUUGACUGCAUUUACUCUGUACUCUGUGGCUGUUACCGCCUUCACAGGGAACCUGUCCAAUGCCCGCAGAGACGGCAAAGCAUCUGAACCCAUCCUCAUCAGAACCUUGGAGGAUGAACCGAAAGAUCCACCCAAAGGCUUGACACUGACGGUGAUUCCAGAGGAAGUGACUCGUGUUUAUGUGACAUUUUCUCCACCGGAUGAGCCAAAUGGAAAUAUCAGUGCAUAUCAUGCCGCCAUCUACCGCAGUGGACAACUGGACUUUUAUAUCAACAGCCUGCUAGUGAUCAGCAACCCUAAUAACACAAUGACAGCCGUCAUAAAUGGACUGAAGGGGGGAUUCAAUUACAGUAUACGGAUAGCUGCUGUGAAUGGAGCCGGUUUAGGGCCAAGUUCAGAGGUUCAGGUCAUGACAGGUGUAAAAGCUCCUCCCAAACCAACGAGGGAGCCGCAGGCUGCUCUGAACUACGCAGGUGCUGUCAUCGCCACAGCUAAAACCAUUGCUGUUGAGAUGCCCGAAUGUUUCUUUACAGAUGAUCAUGGACCGAUCCAGAAAGUCCAGGUCAUUGUUUCAGAGCCAGCAGUGAUGGACUACAGUAAUCUGUCCAACUGGAAGAGUGUGUUUCUCCACCCUAACGCUCCGUAUCUGACCGACGAGGGCUUCUUGAAUCCAACAUGCUCUGAGAGACCUGAACGCUUGAACGCAAACACUAACACAUACGUCAUAGGAGCAGACGAGGCAUGCCUGUCUGAAAAUGCUGAGACGCUCUGUAACGGACCGCUCAAACCGAAAACAUAUUAUGUAUUCAAAUUUCGGGCGACAAAUAUUCGUGGGCAGUACACAGACUCUGAGUACUCGGACAGGGUCAGAACUGCAGAUGACCGUCUGUUGACCAGGGAUGAGCAGAUCAUUCUUGGAGUACUGUUGUCUUUUUUCUUGGCCUUGCUUUUGAUUCUGCUUAUAUACGGAUCUGUGAGGAUACACCAGAGGCAAAAGGAAGGUGGGACGUACUCUCCACGCGAGGCUGAGAUAAUUGAGACCAAGUUCAAGCUGGAUCAGCUGAUUGCAGUGGCUGACAUAGAGCUGAAAGAGGAGAAGAUCAACCGGUAUUCUUCCUUUUUCUUUAGAAGGAAGGAGAUUUUUGUCAUCCAGCUGCUAAGUUACAGGAAAUCUCUCAAGCCAAUCAGUAAGAAAUCUUUUCUUCAGCAUGUGGAAGAACUUUGUGCCAACGACAAAACCAAGUUUCAGGAGGAGUUUGCGGAAUUGCCGAUGUUGCUUCAUGAUCUGGCAACAUCUGACGCUGAUCUGCCUUGGAAUCGCUCCAAAAAUCGCUUCACUAACAUUAAACCAUAUAACAAUAACAGAGUGAAGUUGCUGUCUGAGCUGGGAAUGCCAGGGUCGGACUACAUCAAUGCCAGCUUUGUAUCUGGCUAUCUUUGUCCUAAUGAGUUUAUAGCCACACAGGGUCCUCUGCCGAGGACUGUUGCAGAUUUCUGGAGGAUGAUUUGGGAGACGGGGACCAAAACAAUUGUCAUGCUCACACAGUGCUUUGAGAAGGGCCAGACCCGCUGUCAUCAGUACUGGCCUGAGGACAAUAAACCUGUAACAGUUUUUGCUGACAUCAUAAUCACUAAACUCACAGAGGAUGUGUGGCCAGAUUGGACAGUUCUGCUCAGAGUGGAAAGGCAUGGUAACUACAUGAUUGUUCAUCAUUUUAACUACACAUCAUGGCCUGAACACGGCGUACCGGAAUCCAGCUCCACACUUAUCCAGUUUGUCAAAGCAGUCCGUUCCAACAGAGGCCAUGACAACACAACCAUUGUGGUCCACUGCAGUGCUGGUGUGGGAAGGACUGGAGUGUUUAUAGCCAUGGACCAUCUCGUUCAGCAUAUGAGGGAUCAUGACUUUGUGGAUAUAUAUGGUCUGGUCGCAGAACUGCGCAGCGAGAGGAUGUGCAUGGUGCAAAACCUGGUUCAGUACAUGUUUCUGCACCAAAGCACUCUGGAUCUGCUGUCUGCUAAAGGAAACAGUCAAUCCAUCUGGUUUGUAAAUUACUCCGCUCUGGAGAAGAUGGACACGUUGGAUGCGAUGGAGGGUGACGUUGAAUUGGAGUGGGAGGAGACAACAAUGUAAAAGUUCAUUUAUUUCCUGUGAAUUCUUCAUCUCUUUGAUGGCUGUGAGGAGACAUGGGACAAGCCUAUGAAAUCCCUACACAGAUGCUGGAACUCUGGAUAUCGGGGCCAAAAACUGAACAAGAAUAUAAGAGGAUUAUAAAUGAUGCAUUAUCAAUGUCGCAUUUUCUCGCCUAAUCAGAUUGUGUCUCACAAUGUUUCAUUUAUAUCCACCAGACAUUAUCAUCCAUCAAAGUUCUCAAACUAUCUCUUUUUAGAAUAUGCUUUUCCUCAUAACUUUGGAAUCAUAAUUUAACAGACACCAAAGAUAUGAGUGUUUGUUAUCAGAGAUUUGGGACGAAUGAGCAUGCUGUCAUUAACAUUUGGAGCUAAGUGAAUAAUUAGUCGUCAGUCAUAAAAACAAAAGGGUUUGAUUUUGAUUAAGAAAUAGGAGUGUUGUAUAGGAGAGGAUCAUCUUUGACUAAAUACUACAGUUUCAGAUUUUUUCAAUGGUAAAAUACUUAAAAUCCCAGUUGAGUGUGCAGAGACAACUAUAAGUAAGCCAGUGUUAGACUAUUUAUUUAAGUAAUCCGACAUCAACCUCUGGCUUAGCCAAUGGUGUGAGUUGGGGGCGGGACUACUACUCCAUCCAACCAAUGGAAGACAGGAUAUAUUUAGGGGACCUGUAUGCAGUGGCGUGUUCAGACUUUUUUAACUGGGGUGGCCAGAGCUGGACUAGUAAUCUGGCAUACCGGGCAUUUUCCCGGUGGGCCGACGCACUUUGGGGCCUAUCUGGGGCGGAUUGGACAUCGGGAGAACCGUGCCGAAUGGGCCACGAUAUGCUAAAAUAAGCUGCUGCGUUAUGCAGUACGGACCACAAAACGGUGCCGCAAUAUGCAGAAAAGGACAUCCCGGCCCGAUUUCUCUUCCCAGUCCAGCCCUUGGGGUGGCCCAUGUGGGGCACAGACUCAUUCAAGGGUGGCAUGAAGCAUAACUCAACAUCCCUGAUAUUUAUUAUUAAUAAUAUUAAUAAUAAUAAUAAUAAUAAUAUGUACAUUUUCAGGAAUUUGUAAUAGACAAAUGGUAAUGUGUUAGUUAAAUAAUUGAGUAAUUGUUAUUAGAUGUUAAUACUGCAAUACAAAGAAGACUAUGCAUGCAUGUAGUUUAACAUUUUUAAUUGUUUUUAAGUAUCACUUUUAUGGAUGUAGAGUCUGUUAAAACUGCAGAAAUGUUAUGGAAACUGCUAAUAUGGUUACUGUCUCUUUAAGAACAGUGCGUCACUUAACAUUAAAAUCACAGUAAUUCUGUGCAGUUUUGUGGAGUUUUUGAGAGAUGAAGCUACUAUGGCGUCACGUAAAACUAUCAAGUAGGCUUUCGUGUUUAUUUUGAGGCAAAAAUAAAAUACUGAAGAUAUUUCUUAAUUUUAUCAUAGGCUGACACAUGCGGAAUGUGCAUGGAUUUCAGCUUAGUGUACUCAAUUUAGCCAUUUAAUGGGAGUGA